AUGGAUGCCUUCUUCUUCCUUUCACCCAUUUCCUUCUCCCUCUUCUCCCUCUGUAUCUUUACAGUUUUCCAAGUGUGUUGCGCCAACCACGAUAUCCACUUUACUUCAUGCGCUCCAUUCGACUGUGGAACCAUUAGGAAUAUUUCUUAUCCUUUCUGGACCGACCAUCUUCAUCGACCUUCAUAUUGCGGCUAUGGGGAUGAAGGGUAUAAGCUGGAGUGCAUGGAGAAUGAGCCCCCUGUUUUGACCCUCAGUUCCCAACGAUUUCGAGUGCUUAAUCUCAAUGCGUCUUUCGGUUUGCUCACAAUCCAACGAGUGGAUUUAAACACUUGUCCUCGGGAGAUACUGAUAACCGAUGCUUUUAAUUACUCUUUUAGCGCUGAAAACAUUACUCUGUUUUACGGCUGUAGACUCAGGGGUUUACAACCAUUCAGUUGCACAAGGGACGGAAGAGAAGCGUCCCCUGUGUUCGUUGUUGAUGAAAAUGAAUGUGAUGGUAGUACUGAAAAAGUCGAAAUUCCAGUUGGGAAACAGGCUUUUCAUGAUCUGAUCAACGGAAUCACCUCUGUGAAUGAAAGUUUGCUUCAACCGUUUAACAUGAGAUACUUUGCAUACGAAGAAUACUGCAAACUAUGCAAGGAUUCCGGCGGAGGAUGUGGAUCCAACGAAACUGUAUCCUCAGGAGGAUUUGUCUGCUAUUGUCGUGAUCAUCCACAUAUAUUUCGUUGCGACCAUCACGGUGUGCUUGCUUCUUUUUAA